AUGCAUCCAGUUGACAAUGCAUCCAAUUCAGUUACUAAUGUAGAAAAUGUAUCUGUGCAUAUGAUUAUUUUGAGUGUCAAUAAUAAAUAUAAUUUUUUUCACACAUCAGAACUUGAUCCUGGUCCUUUAACUGGAAAAAGUGACUUAUUUGCAAAGUAUCUUGAACCACUUGUUGAUUGGGAAAUGUUUGCUCUUUGCCUUCCUAGUGGGAUAACACAACUUGAUGUUGAUAUAAUUGAAACAAAAGGAAGCUCUUACCUCAGGAUGGAGGCAUUACAUAAAAGAUGGUUACAAGUUAAUCCUACAGCAUCAUGGAGAGAUGUCAUUAAUGCUUUGAAACAAUGUAAAGAGAAUGAACUAGCUAGAACUAUUGAAGACAAAGUGACAGAUCCCACAGCUGGAAAACCUGGUCCUAUAACAGGUAAUCCAAAGGAUAUAUUAAGGGCUCAUUCUGUUAAGCUCACUGAUGGAAUCUCACAAAAUCUUUACAAAAUAACAACUGAAUUACAUGCUAAAGGAUUGAUACCACAACAAACUUUUGAUGAUGUACUUGUAAUGGGAAUUAUGACUGAUUAUACUAAAGCAAUGAAGCUGAUGAGUGUAUUGGAACAACAGUUAGAAUCCUCUGACAAUCCAAAGCAGUAUCUUACCAGCAUAUGUCAUGUAUUAAUAAUAAAUCAUACACUCACAGAUUUUGCUACCUCUAUAUCACACCAGUUAGGUCAGUCUAUACCUGAUAAUGUCACAUCCAUUAGUUCAAUACCUGAUGAUGUUAAAGUAUAUGCUGACAAUUUGAGAGAACACUACAAACACCAACCUAUUGUUGCUACAGACUGGCCACCAAGAAUUGGAAAAGAUUUUUUUGGGAGACUAGCAUUAUUAAACUAA